AUGACCAUGUCGGCCCUCUCCAACCACGGGUUUUUCCGCUCUGUCAACGUCCUUCUUCAGAUUUUGAUCGGCCUGAGCCUGAGCAGUCCCAUCAGGUCCCCCGAGGACCAUCACAGGGGGCCCGUCGCUCUGGGUGUGAUUGACAAUCCGCUACUUGAUGCGCAGGACUUCCUGAGCCAGUUUCUGUCCACAGUGAACCAGACCAGGCCGAGGCUCCGGACCAGGCCUCCCGCCGCCCCUAAGGAGCCACCGGAGUACAUGCUGGAGCUGUACAACCGAUUUGCUUCCGACCCCACUGCGGUGCCCUCAGCCAACGUUGUGCGCAGUUUCAAGAAUGAAGAAUCCUCCCCCGGCAGCGUAACGGCCAGGGGUGUACGGAUAUUCCCCCUGCUAUUCAACCUCUCAAUGAGCCACGACGAGCACAUAACCAUAGCUGAGCUUCGCCUUUUCACCCUCUUCCACAAGCCCAAAAGACCACAUGCCGGCAUUGACUGCAAGGUGACCAUCUACAAAAUACUCAAGGACGUCGUUUGGACUAAAGAGGUGGGCGAGGAAGGGAGGAGGAGGGAUAAAGAGGAGGUGGUGGAGAUGGAGGAUUGGGAGGAACUGGUGACAAAGCAGAUCCGUGCCAGAGAUAACAGCUGGGUGUCGUUUGAUCUGACUCAUGUGGUGGCUCUCUGGCGGAAGCCAGGGUGUGCGACUCACAGACUGGAGGUCCACGUCGCGUGUCUGGGGUCGGAGGACGAAGGGGCCAUACAAGGGGUCACAGAGCAGGGCGAGACGUUGGCUGCGCUCGAUGUCGACAGGAGCUUGGGGGGGCGGCACAACGCGGUGAUCAUUGUGUUCUCGGAUGAUCAGAGCACAGACCACAAGCAUGAGCAACAAGAGCUCAACCAGAUGAUUACGCACGAGAAUGACCUUCCCGGAACUGUGGCCCGGAGCCAACGAGCUUCCUGGGGGCACGUUAAUCACAACGCCGCCCCCCGUUACCAGGACGAUUGGGACAAACAGUCUCUCGUGCAACUGCAGUCCGACCUUAUCUAUGACACACCUCCCCGAAUCCGUCGCAAUGUUAAGAGCGAGUCGUGCAAGAGGACCCCGCUCUUCGUGGAUUUUAGAGACAUCGGCUGGGAUAGUUGGAUCAUCCAACCUUUGGGCUACCAGGCGUAUGAGUGCAACGGUGUGUGCAACCCACCGAUGACCUCCGAGGUUUCGCCUACCAAACAUGCCAUAGUGCAGACACUGCUGAGCAAUAAGAGUCCAGGGAAAGCGUCACGGGCCUGCUGUGUACCCACUAAGUUGGAGCCCAUCUCACUCCUUUAUCACGAAAACGGGGUGAUCACUUUCAACCACAAGUAUGAGGGGAUGGUGGUGGCGGAGUGCGGCUGUAGAUAG